GAAAGGGUAGCAUUCGUUUCCUGGUGUGAAGGAGACGAUACAGGGCGAAAUAGGACUCUUGGAUUUUCCUAUGCUGUUAAAACGCACAGUCACAUAGAUAUUGGAUUUAUUCAUUUAGUCGCGUGGAUGGCAGGCCAUUGAAAUACAUCGAGCCGGAGAAGAAGGUCGUGUAAAGGUUACCUGUGGCCUCGGGUGGCAUUAGGGCAGAUUGACAGGUGUCUGCAGAAAUGGAUGCCCUUAUCCCGGUCGUCAACAAGCUGCAGGAAAUCUUCCUGACAGUUGGUGCUGAAGUUAUUCAACUUCCGCAGAUUGUGGUUGUGGGAUCCCAGAGCAGUGGGAAGAGUUCAGUACUAGAGAGUAUUGUUGGGCAGGACUUUCUGCCUCGUGGAUCAGGCAUUGUAACACGUCGCCCACUGGUACUGCAGCUGAUUCAUGUAGGGUCACCUGAGGAUCGAAAGCAAGCAUUGGCCGCUGGUGACAAUGAAAGAGGGGCAAAGCAAAAUACAAUCAACUGCCACCCAGGAAUAAAGGCAGAGCAAUGGGGUACUUUUCUUCACUGUAAGAAUAAGAUUUUUACAGAUUUUGAUGAAAUCCGACAAGAAAUUGAGAGUGAGACUGAGCGAACAACAGGAAACAAUAAGGGGAUUAGUCCAGAGCCAAUACAUCUAAAGAUCUAUUCUCCACAUGUACUGAAUCUUACAUUAGUGGAUCUACCAGGCAUCACCAAGGUGCCCGUAGGUGAUCAACCACAAGACAUUGAGGUCCAAAUAAGGGAAAUGAUCUUGGCAUACAUAGGAAACCCAAAUUGUAUUAUUCUAGCUGUUACUGCGGCAAACACAGACAUGGCUACAUCUGAGGCGCUAAAAUUGGCCCGUGAUGUUGACCCAGAUGGUCGUCGGACACUAGCAGUAGUAACAAAGUUGGAUUUGAUGGAUGCUGGGACUGAUGCCAUGGAUGUUUUAAUGGGCCGUGUCAUUCCUGUGAAACUUGGCAUCAUUGGAGUUGUUAACAGAAGCCAACAUGAUAUCAAUAUCAGAAAGAGCAUAGCAGAAGCAACGCAAGAUGAACAGGCGUUUUUGCAAAGAAAAUACCCAUCUUUGGCCAAUCGCAAUGGCACUAAAUAUUUAGCAAAGACACUUAAUCGAUUGCUUAUGCACCACAUUCGAGACUGCCUACCUGAGUUAAAAACUCGAGUAAAUGUGCUUACUGCACAAUAUCAGAGUGUACUGAACAGUUAUGGGGAACCGGUGGAAGAUCCUAAUGCUACUCUGCUACAGAUUAUUACCAAAUUUGCUACGGAGUACUGCAAUACCAUUGAAGGCACGGCCAAAAAUAUUGAGACAUCUGAACUGUGCGGAGGUGCUAGAAUCUGUUAUAUAUUUCAUGAAACAUUUGGUAGAACACUGGAGUCCAUUGAUCCACUUAGUGGACUUACAAUGCUUGACAUCUUGACUGCAAUCAGGAAUGCAACGGGUCCCAGGCCAGCGUUGUUUGUUCCAGAAGUAUCUUUUGAACUUCUGGUGAAGAGACAGAUAAAACGUUUGGAGGAGCCAAGCCUGCGCUGUGUGGAACUGGUGCAUGAGGAACUGCAGAGGAUUAUUCAGCACUGUACAACUUAUAACACCCAGGAGCUCCUACGUUUCCCCAAAUUACAUGACUCAAUUGUUGAGGUUGUAACUGGCUUAUUGAGAAAGAGGCUCCCAAUCACUAAUGAUAUGGUUCACAAUCUUGUAGCAAUUGAACUGGCAUACAUCAAUACAAAACACCCUGAUUUCACAGAUGCAGCUUUGGUCUCCGCAUCAGUAAAUAGUGCACAGACUGAGACAGUACAAGACAGCAGUCGCAGGUGGAAAAGUGAGAAGCCAGCAGAUGAGCGAAUAAGUGAAGAGAAAACCAAAGGAACUCCACAGAACUCUGCAUUCAACAGCCCAUCAAGAGGACACGCAGUCAACCUGCUGGAUGCACCUGUUCCCGUUUCUCGUAAAUUAACACCUCGUGAGCACAGAGACUGUGAGGUUAUACAAAGACUGAUCAAAUCCUAUUUUUUGAUUGUGCGCAAGAGUAUACAGGACAGCGUUCCCAAGACCGUUAUGCACUUUCUUGUGAAUUUUGUGAAGGAACACCUUCAGAGUGAAUUAGUUGGCCAGUUAUACAAGUCCCAACUGUUGGAUGGGUUGCUAACUGAAUCAGAGGAUAUGGCUCUUCAGCGUAUUGAGGCUGCUAAUAUGCUAAAGGCACUUCAGAAGGCCAGUCACAUCAUCUCAGAAAUUAGAGAGACGCAGCUAUGGUAGUAGAAGGCAGCUGUAUCAGAGAGGACCAGAUGAAGUUAACAUUUGGAACUUUUUGUCCCUACCCCAUCCUCUCCUUCCUUACACCUUACAAUCUGUACAUUCUGGCCAGUUGAACAAAAUUACUCCUUGUCACAAUGCAUGAGCUUCUAGGUGGGAGUUUUUUAAUUGGUAUUUCAUACCAUUCAGGGAUUUCUAUGUUAUGAAAAACGUAGUGAUUUUUGUGCCAUUUUUAAAGCAGCUCGCUGAUGUCAUUGAGGCAUAUUUUUCAAAAGUCUUUGUUGUCAAAUGAAUUGGAUACCUCUCUCCAUAAUUUGUAAUGAUGAUAUUGCAAUUUAGCAAGUCCUUAUCUCAACUGUUUAUCAUUUCCUAUGAAGCAGUAUGUCCAGAUGACCUUAUUCCUAUUUUUUGUUUCCUCCGUGAAAGCUUUAUUUUUUAGUAUUAUUCUGAAUUAAUCUUUUCCUAUCACAGGCCAGUCUCUGAAAUGGCUCCUUGUAUAUUGAAAUCCACUGGCACAGUGAUACAAAUUACAAAGGUGCAGGUUGAACUGGAUUUCCAUUAAACCUGCUCUUAGCUAUUAAAUUGUCAUUAUGCAGAAACCUAAAGCAUAUGAGAAAUAAUUGUGCACAGACCCUGGUGGCUGUGUCUGGAUGUGCCUAAAAGUUUAUUGGCUGAAUUCAUUCCAACUGUGCUUUAUUUCAGACCAACAAUUAUUACUGGUGCUCUUUUUUUUUUUUUUUUUUUUUUUAAUGUAAAACAACAUGUAUUUUUUCCAUCCUUUUAAACCACAAAUGAGAAUGUUCUAGUUGUAAUCUUAAGACCGUUUUUUCACUGCUAACUGGGAUAGUCUCUCCCUACUUUACACUUGAAACCUUAAGUAAUAUUUAUGUAGUUUCUUGCCUACUCUGCCACACUCACAUUUGUUUCACCUUUGAACUUUUUGUUACAGCACUGAUUUACUGAAAGAACAACAUGUUUGGAGUGGCUUGUCUUAUUUGUUUAGGUGGGACUUCUAAGUAAAUCCUGGUUUUGGAGUACUGUAUUUGUGAUAUACAAACAUGACUUAUCUUUAACACGACCAAAGAGUGUUAGUUUCUGGACCUGAGCAAACCACAAUAAUGGCACAUAAAAAACAACAUUUUCUGAGACAACUAUUGCUACUUAGAAAAAAAAUCCUAAUACGUAAUAUUAAUUCUAAUUAGAUUCUGAAACUGUUUUCUUUCCAGUUUGUCCAUUGAAAUUAAGUGAAUGUGGCUGAAGGCUUGAUAAUAUGUGCUGGACAGAUUUUAGAUCCUUUGUCAGAGUAAGAAUAAACAGAACAUUUAUCCAAAUUUCUUUGUAUAGAGUACAUGGGACCUUUCAUAGAGAUUGUCAAAUGGAUUUAUUAUAUAUAAAUGAAUAGAAAGAAUGGAGUCAAGUUAACUACAUUAAAUGGAAAAUAUGGUGACUGAUAAGUGAAUGGCUAAAAAGGGGUAGGGACAUUCUGGGAAGGAGCAUAUUAGGAGAGGAGCUGCAUGCCGGGAUGAGUACUUCUGUAAAGGAGUUUAAGAGUCGAAGUAUUGAUCAGAAAUGGGACUUCAUGCUGAAACUGCCUGCUUGCCUGCACUGUUUAUUUAUACUAAACCAAGGUGUAAAUGUGACUGUGUGUGUCUCUUUUUUUGUAGAUAUAAAACAAAAAAAAAAUUUACACUGUCUGUAUUAAUUUAUUUUAUAUAGUGCCUUUCAUACUGAACACUUAUGAAGGACUGUACAAGGCAAUCAAGAACAAGACUAAAAAAACAAAAGAAUGAACAAAUACAUUGAAUAUAAUGUACAUAGAAGAUGAGGCAAUGCAAACAGUAAAUAAAGCCAUGCUAAAUACAUUUUUAGUUAUUUGCUAAAUCAAAUAUCUAUUUGUAUGUUAAUGUAAUAGUUUGGUAUAUUUUUGUAACUGUGUUAAUGUCCAAUGUUAAAAUAUAAAUAAGAAAUUGCAUAGUUUAAGGUGACAAUUAUGUGGUUAAGCUUGAAACACUGCAAACAGAUAAAAGCUAAAAUCUGACAGUAUUCACAUUGUUUUAUUUUUCUAGUACUCUAGGUUGUCAUUGGUUGUAUAUCAUGCAUUCCUGAGCAGUGUCAUAUUUUUAAUUGUUUGUGUUCUCAUUUUAGAGGUUUACUUGUAAAAAGGAAAGGAAUUUAAGGGAAGAUAAUAUGCAAUAUAAAUGUUUCUUCCAAAUUAACUUCUUGGGAUUAAAUAGUUCCAUAAGUAGCAUAUGUGACCAUAGUUAUUUAUGUGCACCUUAUCCUAUUUUUAACAUGUUGCAUCUAAGAGCUUUCAUUGAGAUUUUGUAUUGUUGAUGAAUAGGUGGUUAAUGAUUUCUAGUACUGUACUUGGUUAAAUAACAAGAACACUAAAGGUAAUAAUUCUUUACAAGGAACAGUUAUAGUUUGAACCAUAGUCUUAUUGCGCCAUAUUGCUACCUUAGGACGCUGUGAACAGUCUCCAAAAACAUGUUUACCUGCAUGACAGUUCUGCCAAAACACCUUUGUUUGAUUAUAACUUUGACAAAGAUCUAAUCUUUUUCAUUUUAGUUCACGCUUCAUGAACAUACAUGCUAUACUAUGGGGUAAACUUUCGACAUCUUAUAUUUUAAUCUAACCUUGCUCACAUUGCUGGAGAAGUAUCAGAUUGGCAUCUGAACCAAGCAGCAACUUCCUUUGUGAAACUGGCAGUAAAAUCUCUUAUCUUAGCAUGUUUAAUGAAUGUUUUAUGAAUGUAAGAAUAAUUUGAAUUGACAGCUGCUUAAGUUGGAGUCUCAAUAUUGUCUCCUGAUUUGACAUUGUAUUUGCUUUUUUGGGUAUAUGGGAAAACAAUAUUCAAUUUCUUAGAAAGGUUGGCAAACAGUGCUUCUACUAGUAAAUUCAGCAUAUAGUUACAUCCUUACAUAUUUGCACUGUAAUUUCAUUGCACCCAAGUUACUUAUUCAAAAAACAGUUUUCAGUGUAUUUUUGCAUAGUGCUCUUCAUUGAGGAUAAGUAUAUGCUCAAGUCUGUAACUAUAAUGCAUGAACAACAAAAUGCUAAAAAAUAACAGUGAAAAGGAGCAGUUUCAUUAACAUAUUGUACACAAAUCACAUUGAUAGUCCAUUAACACUAUAACUAAUAAUAAGCCCAAUGGAAAAUGGAACGGUUAUAGUCUAGUCAAAAACAUUCAAAUGCAAAAUUAACAUAUUUGGGGAGACACUGGUCCACAUCAUAGCACACAGUUAUAGUCAUACUAUAAAUCCUUUCAUUGUUCAAUCCUAGAGCUCCUGUUAUCUCUAGUGUGACUUCCUAUAGGCAGGAGUAGCUUGGCAGUAUAGCAGUAGCACCAAGUGCCACAGUAGAAUAUCAAGAAGAAAAGCAGAAUACAAGAGGACAGUUACAAUUCAUAACAACAGCCAUCCUUGUAUUUUUGUGAAAGUGGCAAACAAACAGAAUUGCAACGCAGCCAGUGAAUAAGUAGCUCUACUCAAACUAUGCUUGAUUAAAUGUGGCCCUGUACAAAACAUUUUAACUUUGUACAUUAGUUUAUUUUAUUCUAGAAACCCAGCACCUGGGGAUCAUAAUGUACACUGUAGUCCAACGGUGUCGAACUCUGGUCCUAGAGGCUACAAUGGCUGCCAUUUUUCAUUCAGAUAGCGCUUAGCAAAUAUGUCCAGCAGAGAUCGGUGUGCCGAUGAUGAUCUACGCUGUUCUGAAUACCCUGUGCAAUUCCUUGCGGUCCUUAACUGAACUGCUACCAUGUUGGCACACCAUCCAGCCUGUUAGAGUGGACUCUGCAGUACAUUUAUAAAAGUUGAUGAAAACUGCGGGAGACAUUCGGCCCUACCCCAGACUGACAUGAAAGUAAAAGUGUUGAGGGGCCUUUUUGACAACCACGCUGGUGUGUUCUGUCCAUCUAAGAUCACUGGUGAUGGUUGACCCAGAAAUGUAUUUUAAUGGUACAGUGCUAAGUUUGCAAGAUGAUUUUAAAACCUGGAGUCAAAUCUAUUUUUCAUUAAAGACGUUGAUAAAAAAAA